GGUUACCCUUAAUAUACAUGUAGUAUGAAUUAUGACCCAGAUCAAUGCUAUGCUAUAGUAUAACUAUCGGAAGUUAUAGUCCUAUACAUGACACAGUGCAUGUAGCUAACGUAUCGCUGAAGACUCCUAGUGAUUUUUUCACCUCUCUCUGCUUUGGGCAGUAUAAGUACCUAAGACAGAAUGUAAUUGUGAAGAGAUGGAGUUUCUUUAGCGAGAGCUAAUUUAAAUGAAGUGACGACCGGGACAUGGUGCAAAAGAGAGGGAAGGCUGGUCUGAACACCGGUUGCACCCUGAAGCUCCUCAAGUACAGCAAACUCCUGCCAAGGAUCGCCGCGGAACAACAUGUUCUUGGCAAGCACAAGAACUUCCUGGCCGAGUAUGGUGAGGGGGAGCUGGCCAUUGAUGACGGUGAUAUGGAAUGCCUGGCCUUGGAGUCUCUCUUUUACUCUAUGAACAAGCGGGGACGGUGGCUUAUUGAGGAACAGGUUCGAGCGUCCAUGAUGCAGCCACCAACUAGUCGUCUCCGGGUGAUAAUGUUGACCCGGGAGAACCCCCUCGAGGUCUCGCCAGACAGAGUCAUGGGUACCAGCUACGACGACUGCCUAACCUACUCUGACAGCGCCUUGCAGACGAUGGUAGAAGCUUCAAGGCCGUGCAAAUAUCAGGAUAUAAUAGGGAAUGCGUUGCAGUAUCUGCACGAAGGGGAAGAUGACAAACUUUUGUCUCCUUACGACGCCGUUCGGGGACAUUCGCGAAGAGGUGUCCAAAGGAUGUUGCCUCCACCUGUAAACGGGUACAGUGGCGCUCUUAGGUGUCUGGCUGAGGAACGACAAGAUCAACGUACGGUGAGAGAGAGCAAAUUUCAGUCCGUCCCAACAGUCAAGUAUGAAAUCUUUACACCACAACAGAUCUCGGCCAAACACUUCAGGAUUAGAGACAAGGAACCCGAUGAUUUCAAGAAAAGAAAAUCGAAAUACCCUCGCACGAGUACGAGACUCAUCGACGAUGGGUUAAACUCAGGAAUCACACAUACAAAACGACGUACGACGUGUAGGAAGGUCAAGGCUAAACAUGUGAAAGUGGCAGACUUCAACAAGGGAAAGCUUGAGGGUGGACCUUGUUGGAAGAGUAGUCAGAGCAAACAUAUGAAGCUAGGUCUCUAUCUGCAUUUAUUGGUGGAGAAGGAACUCGGCAAAAGGAGGGGUUGGGGAGAGCCUGCAGGGGACAAGAAGUCAAGGCCUGCUGGGAAUGUUGAACAGUCAGGGGUGUCUCGAGGUACUGAGAAGAUAGAGCAAGACGUUACAUGUACACGAACAGUUGCUCAACAAACUGACGAGGAAUUGUUUUUUAUAACUGAGACCCUCACAGAUGAAAAUGACAGUGUGUUUGAGACUCGCGAAAGUAUAAAAAAGGCGGCUGUAGAGACUCAAGACGUUGGAUCUCAGGUGUGCAGUGAUGAUGUAGAGUUUGAAGGAAACACGCCUCAUAUUGUUGAGUUUCCGUUUGAAGUCCAUAGGAAGCCGAAAAUGCCUGCCAAGUCUGUGAUAUCGCAAAACGGGAAACACCCCAAACCGAAGAUGCCAAAAACCAUGGUGCUAAGGAACGAUCAAAACUUACAACUCGCCAUCUUGCCAAAAGAACCUGCUGUGUUAUCAGAGCAAAGUUUAGAGUCAAUCGCCGCAGAGGUUGGAGACUGUAUGGUACUUGCUAUGAACCUCAAUGUGCCAACACGAAUGCUGGCCAUCCUUGCUACCCAUAGGUUUGAGAAGAUACAGACUAAGUUAGAAAUGUCGGUAGAGUUCUUAAAAUGCUGGAAAUCAAUGAGAUUGACUGCCUCUGAUAAUGCUAAGGUUGACGAGUUGGUACAACAGUUGGUGAGGCUGGGGAGGCCUGAUGUGGCGAAGGUUGUUAGGAGGUGUCAUCUGAUUGAUGAAGAGCUUACUCAGGAAUCGUUCAAUGAGAAACAAAACAAGGGCUUCAGGCGAAAAUGAGGUAUACUAGUCUAUAAGUGGUCGCUGAUGUAAUGAACUAUGCCAGUGCUUUGGAUGUUCAGUGCAUUGUACAAGUGCUUCCAUGCAAUAAACAAACCAUGUCGAUAAUUGAUUAGACGAGAGAAAAACGGGACUAAUCUACUCAGCAUGUUCUAUUGUAACUAACAUGUAUUCUGUUGUCUUCAAUAGAAAUAAAUCUAUCUGUAGGUUUA